GACCUGCAGGUUUAGCAGUGGCUCUCAUUGGUCCACUCGAACUCGAUACGAGACACGGUCGGUGUCCGAUCCACACCCCGCCCAGGCUGAUAGACGAUCACUCGAUCAGUACCACCGUGGUAACCAUGGCCAACCAUGAGGACUACCCGAUGUCUCGAGAUGUAGACACACUGCAGGCCGAAAUCCGAGAGUUACAUAGUCAGCUGGCCGACGCGGAAGCGAUACGCAAUGAGCGAAACCUGCUCAAGAAGGCUGCGGAAGAAUUGCGGGAACACAUCGAGGCGGCAUUGAGCCAGAUGAGCAAAUGCCAGGCCAAUGAGAAAGCAUCACAGAACACGGCAAGCCGACUCGAGGCGCAUCUGGAGGAAGCCAAUGCACAAAAGCUGGAUGUACUCGAGCACAAUCACGAGUUGCAGAUAGCGUUGAGGGAGAGGGAUCGGAAACUUAAGGAACUGCACGCCGAAAACCGGACUCUGAAGAAGACUCAGGAGGGCGAUGGCGUAGGACUAAAGAAGGUGGAUAGUCUGCAGCAGGUCUCCGAGGCCGUCCACUCGAGGCUUCAGGACGAAUUUCGCGUGGCCUCCACAAGAGUCAAGGACCUCGAAAGGAGAUUAGCAGACGCGGAGACCAAAGCGAAGGUACUUCAAACGGAAAAGGACCAGGUCACCGCUCUACUUCACAAUGAGAUUCGCCGCCAAACGUUCCAAACGAAUCAAGAAUAUCCCGUAUCCUCCCCUCUCGGCGCCAAAACCGAUCUCGCCGCUUCGAUCGCCGAAGUGCAAGCGCGUGUGCAGGACAUGAUUACCAGCACGGAAAGUGGCACGACUUACAACGCGCCCUACCAAACCGAAACCGAUCCGAUGAAACGGAUUGCUCAACUAGAGAAGGAAAUCGACUAUCAUCUCAAGGACAUCGUCCUGUACAAGCUCGAUGUGAAAGGCUACCGGAAGGACCUCCGGCGGGCGAAUUCGAAGAUUCAGAAGCUCAAGCAACAUCUUGGUUCGGGGCCGGCGAUGUCGCAGCAACCGAGCAUCACCUCCAUCAACAGCACGUCGACGACGACUACUACCGCUAGCAGCGCUUCUUCGCCGAGCACCACUAGCAAGGCCGCCGCCAUGGGCCUGGGCCUCAGUAUCGCGACCUCAAGUCAUAUUCCCACCGUCCUUCCUCGCAGCGACGAUGGCCACGCCUUCACCGGCACCUCGUUCCCCGACCCGGGUCCUUCGUCCCACCCCCGACCAUAUCCACACCACCCAACCUCGCAUCCUGCCUCCAUCCAUCGAAUCCCCUUCGUCCCAACCACCCACGACCCUCCCCCCGCCGCGGCUCACAAUACGAAGCGUACCUUCCGCCCCGUGACGCCUCCCCCGGCGAGUUCCUUCCAAGCCUUCGCCUCACGGAGCCCGCUCCCUAGCCCCGGCGGCCGGUCGGCGAGCCGGGGGCCGCAUCCAUGCAACGGCGGAGAUGGGGGACGGCCGCAUGCGAGCAGUGUGGGGGAGGGGAGGAGGGAGGCGGAGGCACGAGGCCCGGAGACGAAGCUGGUGAGGCCGAGGAGGAGUAUGAGCGAGUCGACGAUGAAAGGGGUUGAUGGGACGAUGGCCAGCGGAUCCGCCGGAUCGACUCCAGGCGGUCAGGGAGGGCCAAGUGUGUGGGAGACGGUGAUGGGGUUACGGGGAAGAGGAAGGUGAUGAUUGAUAUGACUGAGUGGAGAUGCCAAGGUACGAUCGAGAAACUUGAAAAGGAGAUGUGGGUUGCAGGCAGGGGGACAAAGCUUGACUUCUUGGGUCUGUUUAGCGCGAAGUACUGGUCGGUAACUUGUAAUAUUAUGUCUUGAGAUACCCCUGAUAAAAAUAAGUAUAGCAAUUCACAAACACCAGUGCGAAUGACAUGGUACGACCUUCGUGUACGAUACCACAGAGUACCUAGCCGAAAUACCAUUGACCUAAUUCCCGGAACCCCUGGAUAUCGGGACUCGAAAACCGGGAAAGCCUUCGGGCUUAUCGGGUACCAUCCGUCGAAGCCGCCUUGGCUCCUUGGCUUCCUUGGCAACCGGGAUAAUAACGUGAACACUUUGGCCCGAGUGGCGCCGCCUCCCGCUUGAUAGUCAGCCCUUAAAGCUUAAUCACCCUUGGCACACCACUUCGGGUAG